UUCUCAAGGAACUUAAAGAGUAAAAUUUUCAGAAAAAUGUUGGAUUUCUUAUGGAACAAUGGAAUACUGAGACUUCUCUACACCUCGGUUGGGAUACAAUGGAUUGGGUGUGCGGCUGCUGUAUUCUUCAAGACGGAGAAGUUUUACGACCUCACAGGCUCCGCUACAUUUAUUCUGGUUUCUCAUCUAGCCUAUGAGUCAAGCUUAAUGACCAGGAGACAGAGUGUUCAGGGUUGGCUUGUAUUUGGGUGGGCCUGCAGGCUCGGAUCCUUCCUAUUCCUCCGGAUCAUGAAGGACGGAGAGGAUAAACGGUUCGAUAAGGCGAAGGAGAGUCCUGCGAUCAUGUUCAAGUUCUGGACCCUUCAGGGAAUCUGGGUUUUCAUUACUCUUCUGCCAACCCUUCUACUUAAUAGUGAGCGAAGGAACCCUCCCAUUGGAACGAGAGAUUAUAUAGGAUGGGGGCUGUGGACCCUGGGAUUUAUUCUAGAAGUUGUGGCUGAUGCUCAGAAAUCAAUGUUUAAAAACAAUCCAGAAAAUAAGGGUAAAUUUAUCAGCUCUGGUUUGUGGAGUGUAUCCCGGCAUCCGAAUUAUUUUGGUGAGAUGGUUCUCUGGUUCGGUUUGUAUAUCUCUAGUUCAAGUGUGUUUAGUGGACUUCAAUACUUGUCUGUUCUCUCUCCAAUCUUUGUCUCAUUUCUAAUCAGCAAACUGUCAGGUAUUCCUCUGCUCGAAGCUGCUGCCCUGAAAAAGUGGGGAGACAACCCUGCAUAUAAACAUUAUAUUGAGAAUACACCAGUUCUCAUACCAUUCAUUAAAACAUAAAUAUCAACCAAAUCACGAGAGGGAUUGAAAAAACGUUUAUCAAAUUUAUUUUCUGAUAAUGUAUUGAUAUUGAUUUAAAUGGGACAGAUGAUGAAAAAUUUGAUUUAUAUUUCGCACUAAGGGAUGCGUGCGAGUUUUCAAGUAAAGGUGUAAAAAGCUGUUUGUCUAUCGUAUAUUGGUUGGCGAUUAUAUCAAUACAAUGACACAAUAUAACAAGCAUCUUCUCUUUGUUUACAUGUUUGUGUCUUUGCUGUUUGAAAAAUUGGUAGAAAUCAUAUUUGAAAGGGAAAGUCGUCUUCAUUGUGUUGAUAAAUAUGACGCCGACGUCGACUAUAUGUAAUGUGUUGCUCGUUGGUACAGCUAAGCAAAGUAGUUCUUCAAAUUCACAAAUCAUAGAACUUCAAUUCAAACUCAGGAGUUUAGAUAUAAUUGAUUGGAUAAUUUCA